AUGUCGGCCAAUACAGUAGCCUCGAUACUUUUACCACGCACUCGGGCUACGCGCCACAAAAAAAACGUCUUUCUCGCCCUCGUCAGUUCGACAUUCUGUAGCAGUGUGUAUGCGAACCCACAACACUACCGCACUUCCUGGCCGGCCGCGGUUCAGGACCGUUGGGCAAUGUUACGGGAUGAACGUGUGUCACAGGGUCACCCAUUGAUCACCACCAUGCCAGACGGUAACGGCGGCGUGCAAUGCGGAACGCCUGACGAGGGUCAGCCGAUGUGGUUCACUCAGGGUGGUUGCAGCCUUGCAAGCCAAGACCUCACCUAUGUCGACAUGAGCGGUAAUACCACUGUUAUUCGCACGGCUGCAAAGGGGGAUCUCAUCAAAUUGACUUGCGACGACGUUUAUUGCCCGAUACCAGCUCGACUCGACUGUUAUGAACAGCCGGGUAUCUGCUCAUCCGAUGAAUGGUGCAUGAUCGACAUCCACGAGAGAUGGGGUCCGUGGGCCAUGGACCGUGAUGGAUCUACUCCUCAAUGGGAAUACUGCUACGGUGCCGCAGAUUUCGUCGCGAACUCAACUGAUGAGGCGUUGAUCGCCAGCUACAAUGCUGACUGUAUUGCCAGCACCAUUGGCGAUUACGGCAUCAAACUUGGACCCAAAACGGAAGCCUGGAAACCUAUAAGAGGCAGAUGCGUCGCAUUCCGAAAAGCAGAGCAGAGCUGCAUUGGCAACCCUCUCGAGUUUGGUCCUUUUGAAGACGAAUUUGGUCUGAACUAUGCCCGGGAACAGAAUGGUUGGCCAUUCCCUCGCCCGCUCGUUUGCGGUCCGGGACUUACCUGCACGGGUGCUGACUUUGAAGUCCGGCCAUCGACUUGUGUUAUCCAACGCCCUCCUAAUACGUGCUUUGAUGGUCCAUGGUGGGACUCCACCGAGUGUCCGAGAACAGAAUCAGAUGCACCAAAAGGCGGCUUGACCAUGAAUCAGGUGGUGGAAGCUCUUCGUCGGGCUAUCCUGUUGUACCCGGGCGAGAUUGCCUCUCCUGGGGAGUGUGCCUAUUGGAAUCGCACUAGUAACGUCGGCGUGAGUGUACUCGCUACACAGCAUCGGAUCUACAACAUUGCCGCUGCCCUGUGGCCCACCCAACUCUUCGAUGAAAUACCCAGUUUCGAUGAAGUUAUGCGACUGAUUCCGGAUCCCAAUCUUUUCGGAAGCCCCUCAGAUUGCGUCGCUCAAGCUGACGUUCCUGGCUCGGACAUAAACCAAGCUCUCGCUAGUGCGGCCACGCUUUCCUCGCAGCCUAACCAAGUCUGGUCGCUCGUUCACUUCCUGAUUCACAACCAAGUAGCUCCUCUGAGUCCUAAACGUGUUGCUGCCUCACGAUCACUCGCCGCUCAUCUUUCGGAAAGCUUUUGGUGUGACGACUGUCGGGGAUUCUUCUCAGUUGGCGUUAUUGAGGUAUACGGGCUCCCACCUCUAAGCACAAAUCCUGAAGAUCAUGCUCACUGGUGGUGGUACGGUCACAAUGUCGCUUCAGAGCACGUUGCCUCAACCCGUGGUGGCCACCCAUGGAUCCAUGAAUUGGGGGAGCGGGACGUAGCUUCGUUUCAAAACCCCUUUUUCAUGACCUGGAAAGAUGCAGUGGACAUGUGGACAUAUAACAAUCAUUAA